AUGAAUGAAUUGGCGGCGCGCUUGAGGAGCUGCGCCGCCGCCAAGGAUCUCCAGCAGGGCCGGAGGAUCCAUCGCCUUGUCCGGGAGCAUCGCUUGGAGGGCGAUCUCUUCCUCGGCAAUCUCCUCCUCCAUUUGUACGCACGAUGCGGCGCCUCGGACGACGCCAAGGCACUUUUCGAUGUCAUGCCCGAUCGAAAUCUCGUCUCCUGGAACAUCUUCGCCGCGGCAUUUGCCGCCAGGGGCUGCGAGAUCGUGUGGAAGGUGUUCGAUCGCUCUCCCGGCUGGAGCGUCGUCUCGAUCAACACUGUUCUUGGGUCUUGGGCGAGAUCAGGAUCGUCCGGGAGGACGGAGGAGGCCAAAGCUCUCUUCGAUCGCGCGCCGGAGCGAUGCAUACUCUCCUGGAACUCGCUCCUGCUGGGGUACAAUCACCGGGGUUUGAUCCAGAACGCGCUCGCGCUGCUGGAUAGGAUGCCGCAGUUUGAUGUUGUUUCCUGGACAGACGCUCUCGCGGCACUCGCCCAGUCCUGGGAUCUUUCCGGCGCUCGCGCGCUCUUCGAUCGAAUGCCCGAGAAGAACUCCGUGUCCUGGAAUGCGAUUGUCACUGCGUAUGUGGAGAAUGGAAACUUUCCACUCGCGCAAUGCGCGUUUGGAUUGAUGCCGCGCUGGGAUCCCGCCUCGUUCAACGCUCUUCUUUCGGGAUUUGCCCGGUUUGGGAAUUUGGAAGAGGCGAAGGUCUUGUUCGAUCGGAUGGAGCUACGCAGCGUGAUCUCUUGGACAUGUAUGAUCACAGCAAGCACAGUGUCUUCUAGUUUGAUCUUUGCAAGAGAGCUCUUCACACGGAUGCCUGGAUGGAAUGUAAUCUCUUGGAACGCGAUGAUCACCGCAAAUGCCCAAAAAGGGCAUUUGGACGAGGCAGUGAGUCUCUUCAAAUCCCUCCCGGAAGAAGACAAGAGUCUGUGCUCCUGGAACGCGAUGAUCGCCGCCCACCUCCACAGCGGUUGCUUCGACGGAUCCAAGGCAGUGUUCGAUGCGAUGCCCGCGAGGGACGUCUCCUCCUGGAACAAUCUUGCUGCCGGGAUCGCCGAGCACAAGCCCGUCACUGCCGCGAGAGCUUGCUUCGAUCGAAUGCCCGCCUGGGACGUGAUCGCCUGGAACAUCCUCCUCUCGGCCACGGCCGAGGCCGGGGAUCUGGGCGAGGCGCGCAACAUCUUCCACGCCAUGCCCGCCAAGAACUCCUUCUCCUGGAACGCGAUCCUCACCGCCAGCGCGCUAAACGGCCACGCCCAAGACGCCGAGAAUCUCUUCGGCCGCCUCCCCGACAAGAGCUCCUCCGUGGCCUGGAACGCGCUCGUCUCCUCGUACGCGCGGAAUGGCCAGGGGACGGUUGCGUUGCGGAAUUUCCACCAGAUGGUGCUCCACGGAAUCCCAUCCGACGGUGUCACCUUCACCAACGUGCUGGUGGCGUGCAGCCACCUCGGAAUGGCGGAGACGAGCUGGCGCUAUUUCGCGUCGAUGGUUUCGGACCAUAAUGUGAGGGCGGAGCGUGGACAUUUUGCGUGCAUGGUGGACAUUCUGGCCAGGCUUGGGAGGCUGGGCGAGGCCGAGGAGCUUGCGAGGUAUAUGCCGUUUCUUCCAAACUAUGUGGUGUGGAAGUCGGUGUCGAGUGCUAGUAGGAUGUACUGCGAUGUGGAUAGAGGUACACGGGCGGCCCAAAACGCGAUUGACUUGGAACCAAAACAUUCUGGCUCUUACCUCUUGCUCGCAAAUAUGUAUAAAUCUAAUUCGUGUUAA